UUAUAUACUGCGCUGGACUGAACAGUAAAGGCUAGAAACUCAACCUGAGAAUACCUCUCUCUCUCUCUCGCGCUCUCUCUCUCCCUGUAUAUCUCUAUCUAUCUAUAUAUCUUUAGUGCUUGGUUCUGGAAACUACCAGUAUCAGAGAAGACUUCAACAAACGCAGAUCAAAGAUGAGAUUUAUAAUUAUCUCUUCUUUCUUCCUUCUCACUGCAGCUAGACCCCAAGAGUUUUCAGUCGGGGAUAAUGACGACGUUGAGCUGAUCGAUCCUGUAGUUGUCAACAAUGGAGAAGAUGAGAGCGAAGAUGUUCGUCCCGUUGUUAUUCUCGUCCACGGAGGACGACCUAAUCUUGGAUCCGGGUUCUCUUUCAGUCCCUUCUCCGGGUUCCCCUUCUUCAGAAACCAACCUAGAUAUCCAUCUGUCUUUCAGAACAACUUCGACAUUGACAAUUUCGGAGAUAGCUUCGCAGACACUUUUGGAGACAGCUAUGGGGACGAGAGCUAUGAGAGCAGCUUUGGUAACAGCUUUGACGAAUCAAUAAACACUGGUCUAAAGGACAUUCUUGGAUCCGUCCUAACAGACCGGACUUCUGAAGAAGCUCCUGUCGAGGACGGAGAAGUCUAUUCUCCACCCUGUGGACUGAUCUGCAGGAUGUUUGGAGUUCUAAAGAACGUUGCUAAACCAGUGAUUAAGUCUAUCCUGAGCAGUAAUGGAACCCAUCCUCUGUGGGACGGAGAUUAUGAUAUCAACAACUCUACUUAUGAGGAAAAGAUUCUGCCGGACGGAAGCAGGGUGAGGAUUAAUAAGACAGUUCUCUCUGACUCCGAUGGAUUCGGAGGACAUUUCUUCUUCCACUCCUCCGUUGUACAUAACAUUGAUGACGAGAGCUCAGAGAAGACUAAACAGGUUGCUGAGGCGGAGGCAGAAGAGAUCGAGGCGGAAGAAGAGAUCGAGGCGGAAGUAGAAAAGCAGGAACAAGAGGCGGAAGUAGAUUCUGAAACGAACAAUGAAGAAGUUGAUGAUGAAACUGAAAUCAUCCCCAACGAAGUUGAUACUAAGCUACUUGAAGUUGAUCCUGCUUUUAACGAGAUCGAUGAUUUAGCUGGAGAUACAUCUAAUGUUUUCAACGUUGAUUCAGGACUCAUGGAGUAGAGCACCCCCAGAGUACCGAGUGAAACAAUUUACCGAUGAAAAAAAAAUGAUUCAAACAAUUUUCAUCUCAUUUUAUCAAUUUGUGUAAGCAAUUUAUUUGCAAAUUCGA